ACCGAAAGUGUGAGAAAUCUGCGGGAAAAGAGCAGUCCUUCGGAUCAAAUGAAGUUGCCUUGGAAGGAAUCAUGAACCUAACAUAAUCGUUUUUCUUUCCUCGAGAUAAAUAAACAAAUUGCAAAAUCUUGAUUUGAGAAACUCCAAAAAGACACUGCUCUAGCAACCAAGCCUAUAAGUAAUGAACCCAAAGUUACUUAACAGAGUGGACUUAAUGGUCGGUGAGUCUGAAAAAAUCUCAGUAGCAGUGAGCAAACAAUUUGGCCCACUAUUUUACAUCUAAACCACAAGAGAAUGUCCAACACAAAACCAAAACCAAAACCAAGAGUCCAGAGGUUAAGAUUUUUGGUUGCACGUUUGCCAUGUGGCAACAUCAAGGCCACCUAAAACAAUUGGCUUCUCGAAUGACCGUUAAUUUAGUUGGGUAUCUACCAGGUUGUUCAAACUCUAAAUAAGAAAAUUGCAGAAAAACGUGCUCUGCGUAAACUUCUGCGGUGCUGCUCUGAGCUUCGCAAAGAAAUAACAAGAAAAAGCAGGUUCAUUUAUAGCAUCAAAAAGCUCAUUUUAAGGGGCAGGAACGAUAAUGGCUAUUCAGUUUAGUUCUUUCCACUACUUCCCCGAACCAUGUCUUAGAAAACCCAUGUCCCCAUUAUCAGCAAUCCACUUCAUCUUACCUCAAGAAACUUCCUUUCCCAGCAAUCCUAGUACAUUGAAGCUCUCAACUUCCAGGUUAUAUAAGAAAGUUUCUGCUUUGGUGUCAGAAGAGAAAAUAGCAGAGUCAAGUGAUUCAGGGACUGAUAUUUUCAAACUCACUUAUCUUGAGGGUAAUAGCUGGUUAUGGGAAGUGGGAGGGGUGAGAAUAUUGGUUGAUCCAAUCUUGGUGGGGAACCUGGACUUUGGAAUUCCUUGGCUUUAUGACGCUGCCAAGAAGUUCUUGAAAAACUUCAAGCUUGAUGAUCUUCCUCAAAUUGAUUGCUUACUAAUUACCCAAAGUCUUGAUGAUCACUGUCACUUGAAAACUUUGAAGCCCCUUUCCCAGAAGUUGCCAAACCUCAGAGUUAUCUCGACUCCUAACGCUAAGGCACUCUUGGAUCCCCUAUUCAGCAAUGUAACGUAUUUGGAACCUGGUCAAGGCUCAGAAGUACAACUCAGUAAUGGUUCAUCAGUUAAAUUUCAAGCGACCGCAGGGCCGGUAUUAGGCCCUCCUUGGCAGCGUCCUGAGAAUGGCUAUCUUGUGACCUCUCCUGAAGGCCAGCUGAGACUGUACUACGAACCCCAUUGUGUAUACAAUGAGAAUUUUCUAGAGAACAAACGGGCUGACAUUGUCAUUACACCAGUCAUCAAGCAACUUCUGCCGAAUUUCACAUUGGUUUCUGGACAAGAAGAUGCAGUUCGGCUUUCAAAGUUACUGCAGGCCAAGUUUAUCGUUCCCAUGCAAAAUGGUGACCUUGAUAGCAAGGGGCUGCUUUCUAGUCUUAUUGAGGCGCAAGGAACCAUAGAAUCGUUCAAGGAAAUUUUAUCAAAAGAACUACCGGACGCAAAAGUGCUAGAGCCUACACCCGGAGUACCCCUGGAAAUUUCGUACCUCUGAACAGUUCAUAAUACAAAAGUCGUAAAUGAAGUAGUCUCAAGCCUCUGAAUUUUGUGCACUUUGAUGAAUCUUCUGUAUAUUAGAUUUCAAGUUACAGGGAAGUUCGACUAUAGGCUCUAUAUAUGCUUGGAACGCGAUUUAACAAUUAUGCAUGCGAGUCUUGUUCAGUA